UAACCAGCAUUUGUUUCUGUUCGCUUAAUGAGAUUACCGAAACCAGCAUGCCGGAAAAUCACUUUGUAGAAGCAGAAUUGUCGCCUCAUCAGAAGAAAUAUAACGGCGAAAAUGGCAGUGGAGUUGUUUUCCCAACUGUUCUAAUCCCUAAUCCGAAGUCUGUUCAUCAUAAUCUCAAGGAACUCAUCCGUGAUCAGAAGCCAUGGCUGGAAUCUCUGCUCCACAACACCGGCGCGAUUUUGUUCCGAGGCUUUUCUUCUUCGAUCUCUUCUGCUUCCGACUUCAAUGACGUCGUUGAAGCUUUCGGCUUCGAGGAACUUCCUUAUGUUGGUGGCGCCGCCCCUCGUACAAACGUCGUCGGUCGUGUUUUCACUUCCAACGAGUCUCCUCCGGAUCAGAAGAUUCCGUUCCAUCACGAAAUGGCUCAGGUUCCUACCUUUCCAUCAAAGGUGUUUUUCUUUUGCGAAGUAGAACCAAAAAUUGGGGGAGAAACACCUAUAGUACUCAGCCAUGUUAUCUACAACAAAAUGAAACAGAAAUACCCCGAUUUUGUUGAUCGAUUGGAAGAACAUGGACUGAUCUACACAAGAGUGUUAGGGGAAGAUGAUGAUCCUUCAUCUCCAAUCGGUCGUGGAUGGGUCUCCACGUUCUUGACCAAAGACAAAACCAUAGCUGCAGAGAGGGCCGCGAAGCUGGGAAUGAAGCUAGAAUGGACAGAUGAUGGAGUGAAAACAAUAAUGGGGCCGAUCCCGGCGAUCAAAUAUGAUGAAACACGAAAACGCAAAAUCUGGUUUAAUAGCAUGGUGGCAGCUUACACCGGGUGGGAAGAUGCAAGAAAUGAUCCGGUGAAGGCAGUGACGUUUGGGGAUGGCACACUGUUGCCGCCCAAUGUCAUAUACGAUUGCUUGAAAAUCCUGGAUGAGGAAAGCGUCGCUAUACCGUGGCAGAAAGGCGACGUUUUGCUGCUGGAUAAUUUGGCGGUUCUUCAUGCCCGACGACCAUUUGAGCCACCACGUCGGGUUCUGGCUUCGCUUUGCAAGUGAAGGGAGAACACUGGUUUGUUUCCCCUUCCUUUGUAUCAAUAUUAGUAUGGAUUAUAAAAGGCUGCAUUUGCACCCUUUAUCUUUGAGUUUAAGUUGAAUAAAGAGCUUCAUUUUGUAGUUGGUCCGGUUUAAGGUUCUAAAUGACACGAGACGUAGCAUCAAAGGCAAAACCUCAUCCAAUGCAAGGUUCUUAUAAGC